UAUAGCUCUGUUGUCUUCACUGAGUGGAGCAGCAAAGGACAGCAGUUCUUGCUCUCCCUUCAUCCAUAUACACAGGUGCUCUUUUGUCUUACUGCGAGACUCUCUAGCAACUCAGCAGCCAUGGAUGAUGUCUACAAAGCAGCGGUUGAAAACUUGACAGAAGAGCAGAAAAAUGAAUUUAAAGCUGCAUUUGACAUCUUCGUGCAGGAUGCAGAGGAUGGCUGCAUCAGUACAAAGGAGUUGGGGAAGGUCUUGCGUAUGCUGGGACAGAAUCCAACUCCUGAAGAGUUACAAGAAAUGAUUGAUGAAGUAGACGAGGAUGGAAGCGGAACAGUGGAUUUUGAUGAAUUCCUGGUUAUGAUGGUAAGGUGCAUGAAAGAGGAAAGCAAAGGAAAACCUGAAGAAGAAUUAGCAGAACUCUUUCGCAUGUUUGACAAAAACGGUGAUGGCUACAUUGACUUGGAGGAGCUGAAGCUAAUGCUUGAAUCCACUGGGGAAACAAUCACUGAGGAUGAUAUUGAGGAGCUCAUGAGAGAUGGAGACAAAAACAAUGAUGGAAAGAUUGACUACGAUGAAUUUUUGGAGUUCAUGAAAGGAGUUGAAUAAAUGUUUCCAAGGCAACAUACACAACAAGAAGGUUCCUUCCAAGACAGAACAAGUCUCAGAACUCCCAACAACACAUCUGUCUUUCUCCUUCAUUGACUGGCAAGAAAAAGUUCAAUUCAAAUGCAAACCAAUCAAAGCCCAUCAAUUGGAAUAGGGGAAUACUAACUCUCUUUUUCCCUCCCCUGAGAAUUUGCUUCAUGACACACAAUUUUUUUUCUUAUACGUU